AUGAGAAUAUUUAUACUAUUUCACGGAAUACUGCUUUCCCUGGGUGUCGUCAUCACACAUGGCGCUGUUAGAACCAAUAAGGUAACACCUGGCUCAGAUGAGGACCAAUCAACGGUCGAGUUUUACCUUGUCAUUGAGCAUAAGUUCACCAUGACUAAAAAGGUCAACGGAAAGACGCUGCCUGUUCGUGUGAUGUCAAAUGGCACUCUUUCGUACAGAACGGCAUCAUGUGACGAUUUUAUACACAUAGAUGAAGAUGAUUCUGAUGACAUCAUAUUUGCCGAUGGAGGUUAUAAGUUAGUCCAUGCAAUCAAUGGGUCCAUACCAGGUCCUCCUAUUGUCGUUUAUGAGGGACAACAGGUUGUGGUCCACGUGACGAAUAAGCUGAUCAAUGAGGGAACGACGAUACACUGGCACGGUGUGAAGCAGCGGAACUCACCGUGGAUGGAUGGGGUAGGGGCGGUCUCACAAUGCACCAUCAAUCCACAUGAAACAUUCACUUACAGGUUCAUAGCUGAUGACCCUGGAACCCACUGGUACCACGCCCAUGUUGGUGCGCAGAGAACCGAGGGAAUCUAUGGGGCAUUCACAGUGUUGGAGAAGAAAGCAGAUGAAAUUAAAAGAAGGGGCAGUGAUAAGCUUCCUGUGUUCGGUAGCGAUCACCAUAUGAUUGUCCAGGACUGGUUGAAAGAGAGCUCCGUUUAUGUUGCUACCUUACUUCACUUUGAUGAUGUCAGCUUUGCAACUGGGUUUGACAACCCAGUCUGCUUCAGAUCCUCUAAACAGACAGAUGGAAUAGAUUCAGGUGUCUUGCCAUUUGAAGCAGGAAUAAUCAACGGGAAAGGUAACCUGCACAUCACCCAACCUGGCAAAAAUAUCAAUGAAGGUCUACCAACUGAAACAUUUGUUGUGGAAAAUUCAGCAUCUGGUGGAGUUGCAAUGCGAUUCCGCCUAGUGAAUGCAGCGAUGCAUUUUGCCUUCAGAGUGUCCAUUGACCAUCAUCCUCUUAAUGUUAUUGCUACUGACGGUAACCAUGUGAAUACAAUGACAGUAGAGUCCGUCAUUAUAUAUGGGGGCGAAAGAUAUGAUUUCUGGAUCAAUGCAACUGAUCCACUUGGUACUGGAGUAUAUUGUGUACGAUUCGAAACGCUCGAGAAAGAAAAAAAUGGCAAGAGAAUCGAACCUGGGAAGGUGUAUGCAUUACUGAGAUAUCAAAAUGUCAAACCAGACAAAACCAAUAAAUUCAAAAUAUGCCAUGAAAACAGGAACAAGUGUACAGCUGGAAAACCAUGCCUUGUUUUAAACUGUCCAUACAGGUUUUACCCUGUUGAAGAAAAUACAUUGUGUAUUCCUCUCACAGAUCUAAGAUCUCCUCUGAUGGAUCCCACUCACAACUCAGAUCCUGAACAUUUCACUGAAAUGUUUUUGAAUUAUCAUUUCUCUGGCUUUGAUGUCUUAGGCCAGUGGGUUCCUACAGUGAAUGGCAGAAGACACCAACCAUUCAUUAUGCCACCCCAGGUGUAUCCACAAUCACUUGAUUCAAAACAUGGCAUUUGUAAGCUAGGAACAAAUCCUGAUGUUGAUGAGUGCACCCACAUGGUGGAGCUUCCUCUGGGAAACACUAUACAAUUAGUACUUAUGACAACAAUAUCACCAGCAAUCAAUGGAGUUCUAAAUGGAAACUCUCAUCCAAUCCACAUCCAUGGCCAUAGCUUUCAAGUGCUCAAAGUAGGCUGGCCACAUUAUAAUAAUAUGACUGGGAGAUACAUGCAGCGGAAUAGUGACUUCGAGUGUCCAUCGGGUUUAUGUCAUGAUGAUGUAAGGUGGAGGAACUCAAGCUGGUAUAAUGGAAACAUCCCUGGCAUUGUGAAUCAAGGGGCCCCUCUUAAAGAUACUGUUCUUGUACCUGCAGGGGGAUAUGUCGUGAUCAGAUUCAAGGCAGACAAUCCAGGUUUCUGGUAUUCUCACUGCCACAUUGAAUUUCACAAUGACGAGGGAAUGGGGAUGAUCUUUAAAGAAGGAGCCAUAUCAGACAUGAAUGCUGCCCCACCUGAUAUGCAAAGGUGUGGAGAUUUUAGUUUCUCUGAAGAUACAUUCAAUGAGCUGAUGGCUAAUCCCAGACCCCCAGGACAAACAGACACAACUCAAGAAGAUUUUGAAAAUACUAAGCAGUACAAUAAAAUACUUGUGGUAGCAUUAGGGACUGUCUCUACACUUCUUGUCUUAUCUAUCAUAUAUCAUGUAUAUCAGAUAUCUGCCAGGAAGGUCAAGAAACAAGGUUAUGAAAGGAUUCCAUCAGAUGAAACGAGUUCUAGACAACAUGCUGUUUAUGAUAGGAUAAAUAACAAGUCCUACAAAUAUUACCAUGAAUGA